ACGAGAGGAGAGAACUGACGGAAACCUAAGAGCAAUACAGGAAGAACGAAUUAAAUCAGCAAGGAUCGAAGAGACGAGUUGGCGCAAAGAGAUACUCUAAUAGAUAUUCUAUCCAGAACCACGUGAUUACAAUCGCCAUGGUUACACUGGACAUCAGGACGCUGGCGGUGCGGAUACUGGAGGUGGUCUUCACCUGUAUCUCCUUCAGCCUGGUGGCGUCGGUGGGCCACAGCACGAACUCCUUCUGGACGUGGUGCAUGUUCACCUGGUGCUUCUGCUUCUGCGUCUCCAUCCUCAUACUGGUCCUGGAACUCACCAGCCUCAGCGCCCAGUUGCCCAUCUCUUGGGAUGACUUCACGACCGCUUUUGCCAUGUUGGCUACUCUGAUGGUGCUGGCAACGUCCAUCAUCUAUCCCAUCUACUUCACCUGUUCUACCUGCGGCCGACAGAUUGCUGCCAGCGUUACUUCCUGUCUGGCUUUCAUCCUGUACGCCGUGGAUGUCGGGCUGGCCCGGGCUAAACCCGGUGAGAUAAGUGGAUUCCUGUCCACAGUGCCAGGCCUCCUCAAGGUCCUCGAGGCCUUCGUGGCCUGCAUCAUCUUCAUCUGCUUGGACUACAAUCAGUUCUCCAGGUUCCCGGGGCUCCAGUGGUGCGUCGCUGUGUACUCCGUUUGCUUCAUUUUCGCCCUGCUCGUCAUCAUUUUUACCAUCUGCCGCCUGCUGACUCUCUUCCCCGCACCGUUUGACAAAGUCCUGACAGUCUGCAACGUGUUGGCAGUGUUGCUGUACAUCACCGCUGUGGUCAUCUGGCCGUUGUACAGCUUCCGGAACAACCCCAGACCAAAUUACUGCAGGAAAGGGCUCAUAUGUCCCUGGGAUAAUUUAGUUGUUAUCACGUUCAUGACCUGUUUCAACCUCGCUGCGUACAUCGCUGACACUGUUUACUCUUUUAGGCUGGUGUUUUUCAUCAGCAGAACCUAAGUCGCUAGGACUCAAAGAAUGAGAGCAGGAAUAUUGUCUCUCGUACAACUUGUGUGAACUGAUGUGACCACAGCCAUCUCAGUUGUAGUUGAGUGCAUAUUCCUGUUUGAAUAUGAAUGAAAUGUAAUAAAAGUUUGGAUUUACAUGCUGACA